ACGCAGGCGCAUGAUUUGACGACAAAUUGCAGACUUGUUUGAACUGAUAAACGCUUGCUAUUCCUUAAUUUUUUAUUUGAUUCUGUGCAUUUCAUUGUGUCAUACACAAGUUAUUUUCUCAAAUUGGAUUGUUCAGUUGUAAACCUUGGAAUUUUCGGAUAAAUUUCCGAAAAUGUCUGAUUCCAACCGAGAUGCUCAACAUGAACUGGCGAGGAUCCAUAGAAGUUUCGGCCCAAUAUCCCCGACGCUUUACAAUAUGCCAAUAAAUAUCGUCGAUCAAGUUUUGGAAAAGUUGGAGCCCAUGGAUCGUUUGAAAAUCCGUAAAGUGUGUAGAAACUUGCGAACUUGUGUUGAUAGAUUUGGAAUUCAUUUUAAUUACAUCAUUUUUCACAUAUGGAAGAAUGCCUUCGAAUUGGGGAUGGACGGAUUUCACAUCAGAUACACCGAUGCAGAAAACGGAGGUUCAACUGUGAGAAAGGACGAAAAUCAAGAAACACCUAUCGAAGGAGCAAGUUCUAUGAAAAUAGCAUUCCAAGAUUUAAAAACAGUAUUGAAGCACACAUCGGAAUUAAGAAUUUCUAACGAGCACAAUGAACACGAGAUUAUCAAAUCAUUUAUUGAAAUUUUGAAAUCAGUUAAAUGUAUUCACGUGAAGACAAUAAAACUUGUCAAUUUCUCAUUCAAUGAUGUCAUCACUAUUCUCCAGUAUUGUAACACCAAAGUUCUGGAAAGCAUUGCAUUGUGGGAUACUCACAUAAACAGGCAGUUUGAAAAUAUUGCUCAUCUGGAUCAAUGGAAAUGUGCGAAAAAAUGCAGUCUGUUUGGUGAUAAGCUUGAAAAUAAACUAAUUGACCAUCUGUUCCACUUUCAAUGGUUCCAGAUCCAACUGGACGACUUUCCAACAUAUAUUGCAAUCAAAAUUAGAGAUGAUCUAAUGAGAAGAAGUACAUUUCAAGGUUGCCAGAUAUAUUGUGACACAUCAAAGUCAAAUCCAAUUGAAAUUGCAAAAGUGUUCAAACCGGACUAUGAUGGCGGCAAUGAGUUUGAAAUUGACUACUCAAACGAUAAUGCAAACUUUAAAAUUCAAUUCAAUUCUUUUAGGAAUUCUAGUUCUCGGUUUGACAUGCACAAAUUGUGAAAAACAUUAAUUUCGAAAGUCAUUUAAUUUCCUGUCAAAAAUUGAUUAAUAAAAAAUCUAAAUUUAGAUUUAGCUAAAUAUGAUUUUAAUGCAAGAAGAUAAGCAAAAGAAGUGAGAAAGGGCAACCACCAGUCGCCCUGCAAAACAGUUAAUAGGCAGUCAAUAGGCAUGUCGUCUAGCCUCAUCCACGGCCUGAGAAGUGGUACCUGUACCGUAUACCUAAACGUUUGGGUGCGUGGAUCUCAAAUCGGUUGGUCCAGUUUUUUUGUGAUGCAUAUAAAGAAUGUCCGAAAUUAAAUUAUAAAUUUUUUGGACCAAAGGUUUUUUUGUUAUCACGCGCCCAAUGAAGUUGUCAAUAUUCUUCAGUGUUUUGAUACGAACGUUCUGGAAAACAUUGAAUUGUUUGGUACCGACAUAAAUGGCCAAUUUGAAAGUAUCAUUUGUCUGGAUCAAUGGAAGUGUGCAAAAGUGUUUGGUCUUUUAUAUUCUAUCUUUGAAAGUAGACGAAUCGAACAUCUGUUUCAUUUUCAAUGGAUCUGUAUUAAUCUCGACAGCUUUCCAACACAUAUUGCGAUUAAAAUUAGAGAUGAUCUCAUAAGAAAAAGCACAUUUCAAGGUUGCCGUAUACAAUGUGACAAAUCAAAGUUAAUCCAAUUAAAAUUGCAAAAAUGAGUUUUCAAUUGAAUAUUCAAUCGAUGAUGUUAAUUUUGGAAUUCAAUGCAACUUUUUAAAUGGUUCUAUUUUUUGGUUUUUUGUGCAAAAGUUAUGAAAAGCUUUAAUUGUAAUAGACAUUCGUAAAAAUUUGAUUAAUAAAAAAUCUAAAC